AUGACAAGCCAUCAGGCAGUAAAAUCCUUCAAGAAAUCUUCUGUCCCAGGAGUUGUUAUCACCCAGUUUGUGGAUGAUAUUCCAAAAGGGUGCAGUACACCUGACUUUGAGCGGAAACCUGUAACACUGACGUUGCAGGAAGGUAAAAAUGCCAUUUUCAGAGCAGUGGUCAAAGGUGUCCCAACUCCUGACGUGAAAUGGACGCGUGUAAAAGGAGGAAUGGAUGAUCCUGCCAAAUAUGAAACAUUCUUCAAUAACGUUACAAAUGAAUUCAUUCUGCAGAUAAACAAACUUACCACAGAAGACAGUGAUUUGUAUCGCUGCUUUGCGGUGAAUGAGUAUGGGGAAGCUGUAUGCUCUGCUGGCCUCAGGAUCAUACAAGUUGGCUUUAAGAGGAAAACGAAAAAUGUUCCUGUUCGUCCUGCUGAUGACUUAAAGAAGAAGCUUCAGGACUUCAGGAAGCUGUUGAGGAAGCGUGUCCCAGCACCAAGACCAAAACCCUUGGACAAGGAAGCAGUCUGGCAACUGUUGCUGCAUGCAGAUAGAAGAGAUUAUGAGAAAAUAUGUAUGAAAUAUGGAAUUGUUGACUUCCGUGGGAUGCUGAGAAAGCUGCAGGAGAUGAGGAAGGACACAGAGAGUGAACAAGGAGAGUUAAUACACAGUAUCAAAAACUUUGAACACAUCAAAGUCAACAAGGAGGGAAAAGCUACGUUCAGUCUGGAGAUGGACUUGAAAAACAGCAACAGCAAAGUUUAUCUGCUUAAGGACGGUGAGAGGCUCAGAUAUGGAACAGGGGAUGAAUACAGAAAGCACUGCCUGAGGCAAAUUGGAAAAAGGUAUAAUUUCAUUGUCAACGAUGUGCAGCCAGACGAUGCAGGCUUGUAUCAAGUCAGAGUGGAGGACGUACCUGUUUUCUCAACUGAACUGGACGCUGAAUCCAUCCCUGUGAGAUUUGAGCAGCCUCUCAGUGAUGUGCGUUGUCCCGAGGAAGAAAAUGCUGUCUUUGAGUGUAUCCUACGCACGCCAUGCUAUGAUGCUGUGUGGCUACACAAAACCCACCUCCUCGAGGCAAGUGAGAAGCACCAGAUCUCCGUAACACCUGACGGUCUGACCCACCAGCUGAUUAUCAAAAACAUUGUGCCUUCUGACAAUGGCAUGUACACGCUCGACACUGGACUCUGCUCCUCAAAUGCCUGGCUUAUUGUAGAGUAUGCUAAAGGAAAGAGGACGCAGGGUGAAGGAGAUGAAAGAGAGAAACAUGAGUGGCUGAAAGAAACAUUGCCAGAUAAAGACAGGGCUAAGAAACUUCGAUGCAGAGAAUAUGUUGGUGAUGAAGACCAUCUUAUGGACACUGGCAUGGAAAAAGAUGGCUGGUACAGAAAUGGUCAUGGUGGCAGUCAAGGCCACUCCACUGAUGUUGAUGAAAGCCAUAGAUUUUUGGGAAAAGGCGGGCUACGCGGAGCCCAGAAAAAUGAAAGGAUGGGGUUUGGGCAGUUUUCUGGAGCAGACCUAGAUGGAGACUCAAUGACAAAUGAUGGUAGUAGCUUUGGAUUAACAGGUUUAGGAGGCAAAAGUAGAUUAAGGCCUUACCGUGGCAAGGAUUCUAUGACAGGCAGAGCAGAGGUUGAAGGAGGAAUGCGGUCCCCCUAUGGCAAGGAUGGUCUGCUGACUGUAGUUGAUAUGAAUGGAGCAAGUAUAAACAGAGAAGGACAAACAGGAACUCCCUAUGGCAAGGAUGGCCUGACACUUCAUGCUAGUGGUCAUUUAGGUCAGGCAGGAAGGUCUGGCUUGCUGUAUGGCCCAGGUGGUCUUCCAGCUAGAGAUGGGACUAUAUCUGAUGCAGGUGGCAGUUCUAUAGGGGAAAUGGAGGCUUCGUAUGGUCCAGAUGGUCGACCAGUUGGAACAGGUGUUGGUGAUGCUGGUGUAGCUGGUGCAGGGGGAUUUGGGUGUCCCUAUGGAAAGGAUGGUCUCCCAAAUGGGGCUGGUCUUGGUGCUGCUGGUAUAGCUGGUGCAGGGGGGGUUGGGGCUCCUUAUGGAAAGGAUGGUCUUCCAGUUGGGGCUGGCAUUGGUGGUGCUGGUGUAGCUGGCGCAGGGGGAGUUGGGUCUUCCUAUGGAAAGGAUGGCCUCCCUGCUGGAGCAGGCGUUGGUGGGGCUGCAGUUGGUGGUUUUGGAGGUGUUGGAUCUCCCUAUGGAAAGGAUGGUAUCACAACUGGAGCAGGUGUUGCUGGUGCAGGGGGAGUUGGGUUUCCAUACGGAAAGGAUGGUCUCCCAGCUGGUGCUGGGAUUGGUGCUCCUGGUGUAGCUGGUGCAGGGGGAGUUGGGUCUUCCUAUGGAAAGGAUGGUCUCCCAGAUGGGGCUGGUCUUGGUGGUGCUGGUGGAGAGGGAGUUGGGUCUGCCUAUGGAAAGGAUGGUCUCCCAGCUGGGGCUGGUCUUGGUGGUGUAGCUGGUGCAGGGGGAUUUGGGUCUCCCUGUGGAAAGGAUGGUCUCCCAGCUGGGGUUGGUCUUGCUGGUGGUGCUGGUGCAGGGAGAGUUGGGUAUCCCUAUAGAAAGGAUAGUCUCCCAACUGGAGCAGGUGUUGGUGGUGUAGCUGGUGCAGGGGGAGUUGGGUCUCCCUAUGGAAAGGAUGGUCUCCCAGCUGGGGCUGGUCUUGGUGGUGCUGAUGCAGGGGGAGUUGGGUCUGCCUAUGGAAAAGAUGGUCUCCCAACUGGAGCAGGCGUUGGUAGUGUGGCUGGUGUAGGGGGAGUUGGGUCUCCCUAUGGAAAGGAUGGUCUCCCAGCAGGGGCUAGUCUUGGCGGUGGUGGUGGACGGGCAGUUGGGUCUCCCUAUGGAAAGGAUGGUCUCCCAGCAGGGGCUAGUCUUGGCGGUGCUGGUGGAGAGGCAGUUGGGUCUCCCUAUGGAAAGGAUGGUCUCCCAGCUGGGGCUGGUGUUGGUGGUGUAGCUGGUGCAGGGGGAGUUGGGUCUUCCUAUGGAAAGGAUGGUCUCCCAACUGGAGCAGGUGUUGGUGUUGGUGGUGUAGGUGGUGCAGGGGGAGUUGGGUCUUCUUAUGGAAAGGAUGGUCUCCCAGCUGGCAUUGGUCUUGGUGGUGCUGGUGCAGGGAGAGUUGGGUCUGCCUAUGGAAAGGAUGGUCUUCCAACUGGAGCAGGUGUUGGUGGUGUAGCUGGUGUAGGGGGAGUUGGGUCUGCCUAUGGAAAGGAUGGUCUCCCAACUGGGGCUGAUCUUGGCGGUGCUGGUGGAGGGGCACUUGGGUCUCCCUAUGGAAAGGAUGGUCUCCCAGCUGGGGCUAGUCUUGGUGGUGUAGCUGGUGCAGGGGGAGUUGGGUCUUCCUAUGGAAAGGAUAGUCUCCCAACUGGGGCUGGUCUUGGCGGUGGUGGUGGAGGGGCACUUGGGUCUCCCUAUGGAAAGGAUGGUCUCCCAGCUGGGGCUAGUCUUGGUGGUGUAGCUGGUGCAGGGGGAGUUGGGUCUGCCUAUGGAAAGGAUGGUCUCCCAACUGGGGCUGGUCUUGGCGGUGGUGGUGGAGGGGCAGUUGGGUCUCCCUAUGGAAAGGAUGGUCUCCCAGCUGGGGCUAGUCUUGGUGGUGUAGCUGGUGCAGGGGGAGUUGGGUCUGCCUAUGGAAAGGAUGGUCUCCCAACUGGGGCUGGUCUUGGCGGUGGUGGUGGAGGGGCAGUUGGGUCUCCCUAUGGAAAGGAUGGUCUCCCAGCUGGGGCUAGUCUUGGUGGUGUAGCUGGUGCAGGGGGAGUUGGGUCUGCCUAUGGAAAGGAUGGUCUCCCAACUGGGGCUGGUCUUGGCGGUGGUGGUGGAGGGGCAGUUGGGUCUCCCUAUGGAAAGGAUGGUCUCCCAGCUGGGGCUAGUCUUGGUGGUAUAGCUGCUGCAGGGGAAGUUGGGUCUUCCUAUGGAAAGGAUGGUCUUCCAGCUGGAGCAGGUGUUGGUGUUGGUGGUGUAGCUGGUGCAGGGGGAGUUGGGUCUUCUUAUGGAAAGGAUGAUCUCCCAGCCGGAGUAGCUGUUGGUGGUGUAGCUGGUGCAAUGGGAGUUGGGUCUGCCUAUGGAAAGGAUGGUCUCCCAGCUGGGGCUGGUGUUGUUGGUGGUGGUGUAGCUGGUGCAGGGGGACUUAGGUCUCCAUAUGGUAAAGAUGGUCUCCCAGCUGGGGCUGGUGUUGUUGUUGGUGGUGUAGCGGGUGCAGGGGGAGCUGGGUCUCCCUAUGGAAAGGAUGGUCUCCCAGCUGGGGCUGGUCUUGGUGGUGCUGAUGCAGGGGAAGCUGGGUCUGUCUAUGGAAAGGAUGGUCUCCCAGCUGGGGCUGGUGGUGGUGGUGUAGCUGGUGUAGGCGGAGCUGGGUCUGUCUAUGGAAAGGAUGGUCUUCCAGCUGGGGCUGGUCUUGGUGGUGCUGAUGCAGGGGCAGUUGGGUCUGUCUAUGGCAGGGAUGGUCUCCCAGCUGGGGCUGGUCUUGGUGGUGGUGUAGCCGGUGCAGGGGGAGUUGUGUCUGCCUAUGGAAAGGAUGGUCUCCCAGCUGGGGCUGGUCUUGGUGGUGGUGGUGUAGCUGGUGCAGGGGGAGUUGGGUCUCCAUAUGGUAAAGAUGGUCUCCCAGCUGGGGCUGGUGUUGGUGGUGUAGCUGGUGUAGGUGGAUCUGGGUCUUCCUAUAGAAAGGAUGGUCUCCCAGCUGGGGUUGGUCUUGGUGUAGCUGGUACAGAGGGAGUUGGGUCUGCCUAUGGAAAAGAUGGUCUCCCAGCUGGCGUUGGUCUUGGUGCUGCUGGUGCAGGGGGAGUUGGGUCUGCCUAUGGAAAAGAUGGUCUCCCAACUGGAGCAGGUGUUGGUGGUGUAGCUGGUGUAGGGAGAGUUGGGUCUUCCUAUGGAAAGGAUGGUCUCCCAACUGGAGCAGGUGUUGGUGGUGUAGCUGGUGUAGGGGGAGUUGGGUCUUCCUAUGGAAAGGAUGGUCUCCCAACUGGAGCAGGUGUUGGUGGUGUAGCUGGUGUAGGGAGAGUUGGGUCUUCCUAUGGAAAGGAUGGUCUCCCAGCUGGGGCUGGUCUUGGUGGUGCUGGUGCAGUGGGAAUUGGUUCUCACUAUGGAAAAGAUGGUCUUCCAGUGGGAAUGGGAACUGAGGCUGGUACUGGUUUAGCUGAUUUUGGGGGUUUUGGGUCUCCAUAUGCAAAGGAUGGUCUCCCGGCUGGGGCUGGUGCUGGUGUAGCUGGUGCAAGAGGCGUUGAUUCUUUCUAUGGAAAGGAUGGUCUUCCAACUGGAGCUGUAGCAGGAGCUGCUCAUUUUCCUUUUGGAGGUGAAGAAGUAAUGGGAUCUCACCAUGGCAGGGAUACUACACUGAGCAGAGCUCAAGGCUAUAUAGGUGGAGCAGGAGGAGAUGGCUUUUCCUCAGAAAGCAGUCGUGGCGGUGGCUCUGCAAUAUGGAGUGCUGGGUCUCCCUAUGACAAGGACAGAGGGUCAGCUGGAGCCAGGGCUGGUGUGGGUGGUGUUGGCAGGUUGGGAGGUGAUGAAAGGGAGUUACAUUCAGUCCGUGGUAAAGAAGGUGUGGUAGGUGCUGUUGGACGAGGUGGUGAACAUGGGCUGGAUUCACAUCCUGGCAAAUCUUCUACGGGAGGUGAAACUGGAAAGGGCACUGCCAGUGAUUUCAGAGGAUCAAGGCACAAAGGUUCAUCGCAUGACAGAGAUUCACUUUCAGGUCAAGAUGAUGCCAGGGGUGAGGGCAGAGAUUUAGGACAGUUUGGCUCCCUUUAUGGCAAAAAUUCUGCCUUUGGUGGGGCAGGGAGUAAAUCCCAUAACAGAUCUGUUGAUGGGAGGAAUUCAGGUGGUUUUGGUCAAGGUUCAUUGGAUUAUGGUCAGAUGUCAGAUCUUUAUCGUGGACCUCCUUCAAUAAACCAGAUAAAACAGGAACCCAGCCUUGAUACUAAAGCAAAUGAUUUCUUGAAGAAUACAGAAAGUAUUGGAAAAAGAAGACGUUUUUGCCUGGAUGAUCUGAAAGCACCACGCUGUCAUGUCAACAAACAGUUGCUUGAUGUUAGAGUCCUGAAAGGGGAACCAGCUGAGCUGUCUUGCACUGUCAGUAAAGAUGAAGUGACAGGAACCUGGUUUAAAGAUGGAUUAAAGUUAACAAGCAUGGAUGGAGUCUUUUUUGAAAAGGAAGGUCUAGUCCACAAACUAAUUAUUAACAAAGUGGAAGAUAUUCACGCUGGGAAAUACAGGUUUGAAGGAGGAGAUAUAAAAACUGAAGCUUCAAUUUUUGUUGAAGAUCCUCCACAGGUCGACAAAGUUCUCCUCAAAAACUUAACAAGUGUUCCUACUGUGGCCAAGGCAGGGCAGAAAGUAAAGAUCAAGAUCCCUUUUGAGGGCCGGCUGCCAAUCAGAGCAACAUGGCUAAAGGACAGAAUGGAGCUGGCAGAUGACACAAGGAUUCGUGUUGAUAAAACAGAGACCUUUACCAUGCUGUCCAUCUCCAGCAGUGAGAGAAAGGACUGUGGGGAUUACAAAGUCAGGCUGAAGAAUGACAGUGGGGUCCUGGAGGUCAACUUAAAGCUUGUGGUAACAGACAAGCCACAGCCACCUGCAGGACCCAUCAAAAUUGUAGAAAGCUCUGCAAAUGACAUCACCAUUGAGUGGAAGCCCCCAAAGGAUGAUGGGGGCAAACCAGUGCAAAGCUACAUUGUCGAGAGACAACAGGUAGGCAAUAACGACUGGGUGACUUUGGGAGAAACCCCCAAGAGCUGUACUACCUUUACUACUAACAAAGUGGAACAAGACACGAGCUACUACUUCAGGGUGAGAGCUGUGAAUGCCGAGGGAACCAGCGACGCACUGGAAUCAGAUGAAGUGAAGGCUGUCAGUAAAGCUUCACCUGGUGCCCCAGAUCCCCCUGAAAUUGUUAGCGCCAGCAAAGACACCAUCACAAUAUCCUGGAAAGCACCUCGUAAAACUGGCAGUACUCGAAUUCUGGGAUAUAUUGUCCAAAAACGCAAGAAGGGUACCAUGACCUGGCUACCAGUCAACAAUGUGCCUAUAGCAGACAAGAAGCUGAAAAUAACCAAUCUCAAGAGAGGUCUGCAGUAUGAAUUCCGUGUGGCAGCUGUCAAUGCUGCUGGCAUAGGAGAUGCCAGUGAACCGUCACAGCCUGUCUUUGCACGGGAUUCCACGAAAUCUCCAGGUCAAGUGCAGGACCUUAAAGUGAGCAGCAGUGACAGCACUAGUGUCACCUUGACAUGGAAGAGACCUGAAGCAAAAGAUGGGAGCGAUGUGAAAGGCUAUGAGGUGGAGAUGCGGUCUUCUAACAACCUCAGCUGGAGCAAAUGCAAUACUCUUCCAAUAGAGAUGACCACUUACACAGUUAAAGGUCUCCAAGCCAAGGAGAUGUACUUCCUACGUGUGAGAGCUCUCAAUGACAGUGGCCCAGGAGAAGCCGCAGAGCUUGAAGUUUGCCUCAAAGCUGCUCCCCCUGUAGUUUCUCCCAGGUUACUAAUAGAUGACACAGUGAAAAGCUUCCUGGUUAUAAAAGCAGGAAAUACCAUCCGAGUGAAUAUUCCCUUUGAAGCAUCUCCAGAUCCAGUGGUGACCUGGUUAAAGGAUGGGCUUCCUCUUCCAAACCAGGCUACAAUAAACACCAAAGAUGAUACCACCCAGCUGCUGAUUGGAGCGGCUGAGUUCACUGACAGCGGCACCUACACCGUUGAGCUCCAGAACGGGUUAGGGAAAAGAGAAACAUUCAGCUUCCAAGUUCAAGUUACAGAUAUCCCACAAUCGCCGGGACAUAUUCAAUUGGAAGAGAAUGUGCCAAAUACAGUGACAGUAACCUGGGAGCCAUCAGAGUCUGAGAAAUGGGAAAGUAAUCUCUACUACACAGUCCUGAAACGUGAAUCACAGAAAGGCUUGUGGCACGUGGUGGGUGACCUGAUCUACACCAACAAGUUCACAUUCACCAAACUGAUCCCAGGCCGGGACUACUACUUUAGGGUUGUGGCAAAAAAUAACUUAGGAGCCAGUGGUCCAUCUGACACUGCACGGCCUUGGAGAAUUCAAAAACCAAAGGCUGAAUUUCAAGUCAAACCACAGAAAUACAGAGGAGUUAAUCAAAACCAGCCCCCGAGAUUCCUCAUCCCGUUGAAGCCUCAUGUGGUGACUACCGGGAGUGAGUGCCAUAUGAGCUGUGCAGUUGGAGGCCAUCCACCUCCAAAGAUCACAUGGUACAAGGACAGUAGAGACCUCUCCAAUGAUCCUACCUAUUUUUGCACAAACGACUUUGGUGUCUGCUCCCUGGUCGUCCUAGGUGUCACAAAACAUGAUGAAGGAGAAUAUAUGGUAGAAGCCACCAAUGAAUUGGGCCGUGCAUUCAGCAAAGCCUUCCUCACUAUUAAAGGUAAGGAUCUUUAA